AGCGAGCAGACCAGAAAGGCGACUACGUACAACGAGCUCUCAAUGUGGUCGCAGAUCGAAUUAAUAUGAUGUAGUCCAAGUCGCGAGCCGAGAAGCUGCCUAAGUACUUCUUCCGUGUCCCCUCUUACAGGUCGAUAUUUUUUAAGGGAUUACUUUGCACCGGAUCUUCAUUCGGAAGAAAUUCUUUGGGCAUAUAAAACGUAAGGAAAGCAUAAGCAGAAAGCUACCAUCAUACAACAUAAUGGGGCCCAUACUACGAGAGUUCUGCUCUUUGUUUCUCCUUUCCCUCCUUCCGCAGCUCUGCAGUGCCGUCCGUGCUGCAGCGGUUGGCAGGGGGCAGGGAUCACAGUCUUUGGGGGCCCACGAUGCCCCUCUCCCUGCGGACCUACGGGACGACCUGGAGGCUCUGCCAUCCGAGGACGACCUGGAUGUUGAGACGGAGCACACCGACAGAGGCGAUCUCUCGCUCCUCGCAUCUGCCACAGCAGCUCGUGCUAGUCGGGUCAGUAGCCCCCGAAGCCGUUCGAGUUCACCGGGUUCCACUGUGGGCGUUGACGUUGUGGAGAGAGAUGAGUUUACUUUGCUUCUUCAUCACAAUGCUCAUCAGAAGAAGUUAUCAACAUCUACUUCACGACGAUCUCCACCCGAUGCAGGCGAGGAAGCUGUUGAUACAAGAACUGCAGAGGGGCCAACAUUGCGAGAGGAGACGACUUCUGUCGUGCAGGAGCGGGUUGCCGCUUCCUCAACAGCGAUGUCAAGUACAUCUGCCUGCGGCCCGCUACCACCAUCGUGCGGGGAACAACGGCAUGAGGCAGACGUUCCAGCUGCUGCACCUGCAUGCGGUCCUGUCAGUCCUGACCUAACCGACAGCAUGAUGUUGGAUCGAUGGAACGAGGAUAAGAUAUCCGGAAAUCAACAGCAAUACGAGCUGUUGCGGCGACUAGGGGAAAUGAACCACAGACUGUUGUCCCAGGAGCUGGAACUGCAGAAACUCCGAGCCGGUGCUGCCGUGGGAAAUCAAGGUCAUGACGCCAUCAAUACCCACCUCACAACCGCGGUUGCCGCUGAGAGCCGGAGCGGUUUAGAUCUUCAUGCCGCAGCUGCAACGUCUUCUUCACAUGUUCCGCCGAUAGCUCCACCCGGGUCAUUCUGGCCCAUGCCCAUGUUGGGCGGCCCGUCGGGUGCUUGCGCUGCCGGUAGUAGUUGCAGCUUCCCGGCGGGGUUUUCUCCCCUUCAAGGAGCAGGAGCGGAUCCAGGACAACAGCAAAGCUGUGAUAGCCCUCUAAACGUCGUCCAGCAGCAUGACAUGAUGUGUGGUCCCGUAAUUGUUUACGGGCCGUUUCUGGAUCCGCUGAUGCACCAGCAGGAACAUCUUGUUCAGGGGUUAGUUGGUAAAUUCGAGACCGAAGGCAAUUCAAGUGGUGCGUCCUCUUCCUCUUCUACCUGGCAACAGCAGCAUCAACAGCAGCAUAACGAAAAUUCAGUAGCACAAGGCGGAUUGGAUGGUAUCGGACAGCAGCCGGAUUAUAUGCAGCCCUGGCUCGAGGCCACGCCAGAUGUGUUCAUGUCUUACCACACGCAAUUUAACACAAGUGCUGGCUCAGCAACUAGCGGCAAGACUACUAAGCCGGAUCGCCAAGGGACAAAGGCGAACAAAGACGGACAGUCCUAUGAGGAGAAAUUUCACCAGUUGCAAGCUGCGUAUGAGGAGAUGAGACAGCAUCUCGCCCGGCUCAGUGAGUCAUCGAAAGCGCAGUGGGACAUGCAGAAAAAGGUUGAGCAGGCAGCAGUGAAAACGGCAGUGGGGGUAUCCUGUGUGAAAACGUGUGCGCCUAGUACUCAGAGUUUGCAUGGGAAUCCGCAGAUGCCUAAUAUAAAUGUUUUUCCUGAUGAGCAGCAUUUUCUAGUGCUGUCUGAGCGAUUUCUCUACAAUCACGAUAGUACGAUGGUCUAUUUGCAAAUACCAAUACGUGACUGCACGAGCUAACCACGACUGCACUACGAGCCCAAAAGGUUGCCAUGCGCAGAAGCCAAAACCUGUUGAGUUAAGUAAAGUAUAAAGCAGAAUUCCCAUCCGGACAACUCUUGGGCGGUUGCGUUGGGGACGUUUUUCCACAGGAUGGGAGGAAGUUUGCGAGCGUCAUAAAAUUGUGGAAGAAGAAUUUGAAAAGCAGAAGACGCAACUCAUUUUGAAUGAAGCGAAGGCUGCGCUUGCGCUCCGAGAGUUGAAGAACGAAGCCAAUGUCGCGCGGCAAAAAGCGACGCAGGAGCUGGCGCACCAGGUGAAGGGUUUGAAGGGCCAGGUGUCCGCGUUGGCACGGCAAAACGAGGCGCUGAAAAGGGAAAAGGAGGAUGAGAGGAUGAAAACGCAGGCUCGUCCUGCGGAGCCUUCUGACCAACACUCGGUCGAAAAAAUGAAAGGCACCACUGGUGCGAGAAAAGAGGACCGCAGUGUGGUGUUAACAGAGGUACAACCAGAACUAUCAGAAUCAGGGCCGGUUGUAGUUGAAGACCAAAACGGCGCGCAGGGGACUAACAAUCGGCUUGAUCAUCCGAUUGACGACGGCGAUGCGAGCAACGCGCUUCUCCUCCGGUCGUUCUUUGAGGAUGCGAAGCGGCAAAUUGUGCAGGAUUUGUGCAGGAAUUUAGGACCGACUACGGAGACAGCGGUUGGUGCGAAAGACGACGAGGAUGUUGAUGAUGAGCGUGUUCAUCUUCUUCAGGACAAAAGAACAAAGGGGUCCUCGUCGCUGUUGAACAAGAAGUCCUCCGGAAGAAAUAACAGGAAAACAAGCAAAAUGGAUGUGGAUGGCCGACUGCAGGAGGAACAGAGAAUAGCGGAGUGUGUGGAGGAUGCUUUUCAAAAAAUCGCCACUCAGGCGGAGAAACUUAGCAAGACCUCUGCUGGGAAGAUGUUGUCACCGUCGAUUUUAUUCGGCGGGACGAGUUUUAUGACGAAAACUUCUGCCACUUCGUCAACACCCUCACCGGUUGCUAAAGACCUACUUCACGAGGACACUGUAAGUCCCGCGUCCACUACGGCAGCCACGCAUUCCAGUGGCUCCUCGGUCGCCAGUGUGGAGGUCGAUCUUGUUGGUCAUCCCGGGCUGCAAUCCUCCAGCUGCUCUCGUCGGGACUCACCGUCCAUGAGUCCCAGUCCGUGGGGGCACCGGAGGAAGUUUAGUUCCGGUUCCGGAGAACUAAUGGAAGACAGAAAAGCCCCCUGCUCUCCAGAAUCUCUUGUCAAAGCGAAUAAAAAUAUCGACUUACGUAGUGCAAAAAUGGACUUGGAGUUGAAACAAGAUGCCGUUCCUUCAACAGUGGAUGAAACGCAAGGACAAGCAGAUCCAACUACAACCGUGCAAGAGCUGCAGAAGAGCCUCGCGGCGCUGGCCAUACGCGAUGAUUGCCCAGGGCCGAUGGGCAAGGAGCCUUCAUCCGACGUGAGAAGUCCAAGCAGCAAGAAGCAAGGCGAUAACUGUUCGCCGAGAAGAAAUAAGAAAGACAGGAACAAGGGGUGCGACAAUACAACUAGCCAUAGCCUUGCCGCCGCUCAUGUCCUAGGUGACAGAAUGCAGGCCACGCCAUCGGAUCAAAGAGAGGAAGGCGCUGCGGGUGAGAAGCACAGUAGUGCCCCCUGUCUUUCUUCUCCCGAGCAGUCGCAGCCGAUGGAUCUCGAUGAAGCGGCUCUUGUAGAAGAUAGCGCGAAGAAUAAAAGCACCGCUAAAACAUUAAAGCAGCCGGUUUCUUUGGAACAGCACCUCCAGAACAAAGGGCAGCCCCAAACUUACUGCCGUAAGGUUUCAGGAGAGUCUACUUCUUCUGGAGUUGGUGCAGGUGGCGCUAAAAUGAUGCAGAAUAUUAAAUCAGCGGGGAGUUGUAUCAAUAUCAUCAAAGGUGCCCCCAGCAAGCAGUGUGCAGAACAACUACGCGAUGCCGACUCCGCCUUUUUGGACGAAGAGAUCAAGCGGGCGGAAAGGGAAGCACAAGAGUUGGAAAAUGAGCUGUCCUCCCGCCGGUGGCCCAAAAAUAUUAAGCUGUCCGAGUUUCUCCAGCGAGCGAACGCGGAGCUCUGCGGGGUGAAGGAGGACUUUCUGCUGAUGGUGUGCGAGCCCGUGGCCUACUUCCGGCUGUGCUGCGACGAGGCCGGUUCCGGGAUGGCCCGGUUUACGCCGGAGUCGCGGGACAGGGUGGUGGCUCUGAACAACUACAUCUUUUUGCUCGCGGCGACGAGCGUGUUUGUCAACAGUGUGGCGGACCAGCUGGGAUUCAUCAACGGCGUCCCGGUGGCGGCCUUGAUUUGCAACAUGCCCGCCAUGAUCGGAUUACAACUGCACGCCUGGGGCAUGACGAAGCGCGGCAUGCCGCUCUGUGGGUACUUGUCCUGGAUUCUGGGGACGUGGACCCUCGGGUACUUACACUACGAACUACUGGAGAGGUUAGAGAACGACAAAAUGAUCGCGAAGGCGGAGUCCGACGAGGAAUUACAGUAUCUUCUGGCCGCGAAGGAGACGAGGAACUGCAGGACGGCGGUGAGCACCUGGACACUCGGGCUCCACUUGAUCAACAGUUUCCUGUGCAUGAUUUUCCAGUUUCCGGAGGAGCGGGAGUUAGCGGAGCUGGAGCGGAAGGAGCGGGAGGGGGCAGGAGCUUGUUCAGCUAAAGGAGACUCCGGAGCUGAUGCUGUGCCACGUGUCUCCGAAUCUACAUCAACCUUGGCCGGCGCGCCGGGGCAGGUCGAAAUGACAGCACUGCAUCAACCGGAAGGACAACCGCAAGGAAACAACAACAGAAGUGGCACGAUGCUGAGGCGGGGAAAUGGGAAGCAAGGAAAGGGAAACAGACGGAAAUAGCACUUCUGGUGGUUCUUGUAGUUCUACUUGUUUUGUACAACUAGCCGUGGUUUUCAACAUGAUGCAACAUCUACAUUUUAUUGUUCAUUUUGUGCGAAGAAAAAGAAAUCAUUCGAGAAUACAGAACACGUUCUACAUCUACCAUAACCAAUCUAUCUUGCAACUUUGUCAUGAAGAAAGCUUGAACUUUACGAUUUUAAAAAAGCCGGGGAUAAUAGCGGGCUCUUCAGCCCCGAUACUGCAGAAUGUCGUGCUGAGGCUGUUGUUCGGUGUUUUGAAACAAGUAUUUUGCGAAGAGAAUCAUGCCUACUUUUCUGAUGUCGAAAGCACGCUGGACAAAUGCACGCUUGAUUUAUCAUGUCUAUCGUGUAAAGAUGAAGAAGCCACUGCUUUCUUACUUGAAGAUGAAACACGGCCAAGAAUAAAU